AUGAAGUUCAAGUCACCAGAGCUUCCAGCAAACCCGACGACCGAGCAGUGGCGAUGGUGGAGAAAGUGCUUCACCGAUGGACUGGCUAUCAAUGACAUUACCGAUGAUGGUCAUCAACUCAUCCAUCUACGUACUCAGGCCGGUUCAGAUUUGUUUUCUCUUCUAGAAGAAGCAGCUACACUAAAUGAAGGUGUGACCAAUCUUGAUCGCCAGUUUAAGAAACCGACAAGAGUCCUGUACGAAAGGCAUCAAUUGCUGACAUGUCGACAGAAGCACGGUGAGUGCGUAACCGCAUUUGUUAAACGCUUGAAGGUAGCAGUUCAAAAGUGCGAAUGGAAGAUGACUGCUAAACAACAUCAAGAUGCUCUUCUCAGAGAUGCUUUAGUUUCUGGCGUCGAAUCAGAUAUGAUCCGGGUGCGUUUGCUCGAGCUUACAGAUGCUGAGGCGACGUUGGAGCACUGCAUAUCAGUAGCAUGCGCAGUAGAAGUUUCAAACGAGUUUUCACGUCAGUUCAAAACUGACAACAACGAAGCGACCUCAUCACUUGCCUACGCAGAGGUCGAUGAAGAAAACAGCGAAGUACUCAAUGCGGUUCGUAACAGCAACAAGCCUGCUAAAAAGUAUAAACAAAGCACUGCCUCCGGGCGUAGAGGGUCUAGCUGUCAGUUCUGUGGGUUGAAUGGCAACCACAUGCGUAGAAACUGCCCGGCCCGAAAUGAUUCUUGUCAUAAAUAUGGCAAAGCAGGUCAUUGGGCAGCAGCUUGUAAAUCAACUACGGGCCCAAAUGACAAUGAAGUGACAAAGACCUGA